AUGCACGCAUUACAGGGCCCCCCAGACCUCAUGAGCGUAGGUGGCGUGGUCAGUGUGAACCAUCUGGGCUUCAUCUAUGGCCAUGACCAAGUAAGCAACAGCUCUCUGGUCCCUCCUCAGCUCCUCGGCUGCAGCAGCUACAACCCCAGCUGCGGCCCCAUCCUGGGCCUGCAUAGGUGGGUUCUGUGUGCAAGUCCAAAGGCCUUUAGCAGUUAACAAAACCUGCAUUUUCUUGGACCAGUCUGCCCAGUUCUUUCCCGUCAGCUUUGGGAAAGCCGCCAUAAAAUUUCCCUGCACCUCUGCCAUCCCCCCCCCCCCCAGGGCUUUUGUUACUCAGCCAUUAGCGCAUUACUGCCGCCCAUAACCUGUUAAAGUUUGUGGGUCGUAAAUCCUUUGACCCACUGAGUCUGUGGCAACGGCCCUGCAAUAAAUUUGAUUUAUUGCCACUCCGACAAACUUCAAUGGCACGCACACGCUUCCACUCCGCGCGCUGCCACUCUUCUCAGUUGCCGGCUAAUAGCAGAGUUCACACGCAGCAUAAAAUGGCUUGUCUGUGUCGACGUGGUGUCUUCAGUAACUCAGCUGGACAGGUGAGUUGCCUGGUGCCUAAAAAUAAGCAGAGAAGACAAGACGCCAGGCAAGCCUCCUUGGGGAGAGCAUUCUGCAAAUGGGAAGCCUCCGCAGAACAGGUCUGUUCUCAUGUUGCCAUCCUCUGGACCCCUCAUUGAGGGGGACAUGAAGAAGGGCCUCAGAUGAUGACCACAGGAUCCAGGUAGGUUCAUAUGGGGAGAGGUCAUCCUAGAGGUAUUGCGGUCCUGAGCCACAGCAUUGUAAUGCAGCAUUUUAUGGACUUCCUGUUUAGUUGCAGCCACCAAAGAAGUGCGGAAAAGCCCCUCUGGGGAUUCCGAACAGCUGGGAGAGCUUUUAGAGGCUCUGCAAGGACUCUGAGGACCUCAAAACCUCAAGGGUGUUUCCUUGAGGAACGGGGGCACCCAGCGGCGUUAAAGCAUGCUCUCCUGCUCUCUGGGUUUUUUAUUUAAGACCCGAGGAUGGGAUAGAGUGGCAGACACGAAAGGGAAGGCACCUACCAGCUCCCUGCUGUGCUGUCUCAAGCUUCAGAUGAAAGCAGCAAACUUCCAAAGGAAUAAGAAAAGAAUUUAAAACGCCUACAGGAUAUAUUUAUCCUGAGAAAACUGGAAUACAAGUAAAGAAAAUUUGGAUGCUGAGGGAUGUAAAAAGGGAGUCUGUCCCGGCAGUGGUGAGAAAAUGGCGCAGAGAUCAAAGCCACAAGAACAAAGAAGGAAGUGAAAGUUCCUGCUGAGUGAGUACAAAAGGGAAAACCCUCAGAAACAAUGUACUGAGGCAAAAGACAUUCUGAAACAAGCUAUUAGAGAAGAGUUAAAAAGGACUUUGUAACCCUUUCAUGGGAAUAUUUUUGAGGUGGAGGGAAAGUAACUAGUCAACACUCCAGUUUAAAGAGUAAAAUCUGGUCUGAAAAGGCUUGAAGCAGAAAGGGGGGGGGGAGAGAACACAUAACGUCUUCAGAGACUGCAAUAAACCCUUUUACAACAUCGUUUAUCUUUGACUAAAACCAUCUGCCUGUGGAGGUUUUAAGGUUGCAUCCUUGGUUUUUUGUUACGUCCUUGCCGGUAAAAGACUGAGUCUGGGGAAAGAGAAAGAGAGUUUAUUACUUAUCCCUUCUUUGAUAUAUUAGACCGGCAAAAGGGGAGAAAGAGAUUGAACCUUAGGUGAAGAAGAAACAGACUUGGCAGUCUCAUUUUUUGCCACAGCCAUAAGCACUUCAAAGGCUGUGCUGCUACCAUUCGCUGGGAUUUCCCCCAGGAAAAAACAAUCCCACUUCCCUCCUGAAAUUUGGCUGUUUGAUACAGUCCCCUUCCUGCACAUUUUUUGUGGAUUAAGGAAGCAAGAGGCUAGAAAAAGCUGAGUUUUUAGUAAAGGGAGGGUCUGUUCCCUAGCAUCUGAUAAGUCUACAUCUCCUUGUGGAUUAAGCCAGCAAGUGGCUAGAAAUAAAGACUGAAUUGGGAUACAAGAAUAAAAAGUGCUUCCUGUAUUUACACUCUGGUGGAUUAGGCCAACAAGUGGCUGAAGACUGGCGGAAACUUCAUCAAAGGACUGAGUUGACAAGUUGCAGAAGAGCAGAAGAGGAGGACCCCUGAUGGACUUACAGUUGGACUAAUAUUUUAAGCAGUUAUGUACUAUUGACACUGGUGUAACCUGAAUUAGGAACAAAAAGGGAUAAAAAGUGAAAGUCAUUGUGGGGGGUGGGAGAAAACUGAGGGUGAUACCUAGAGUGAAAUUGCAAGUAAGGAUUAUAUUUUAUACUGCUUAUCUCAACUCUGUUGGCUCUUUUGGACCUAAUCACAGUUUGAAUUAUAUACCCCCCCCAAGUGGACAGAAUAUUUUACUGCAGUAAUUAAUCUAAAAUGGCAGGGAAAAAUUGGGAAAAAAUUGGGGGGACACCAAGAGAAAGGAAAAUUUCCAGACAGGAAGAGAUCAAGGAUUUGGAUAUUUUGUGGUUAAAAAUAAAGGAAAAAUUUAAACAAAAUGAACAACAUGUGGAGAAAAAAUUAGGAGAGGUACAAGAAACACUGGAUAAGAAAAUAGAGGGAGUAGUAGGGGAGCUCUCAAUUAAAAUUAAAGAUCUCACAAUUAGAACAAAGACAGUUGAAGAGUCAACGAAAAGAAUUCAGAAAGAAGUUAAGGAAAAUAAGAAAGAGAUGGACCGAAUCAAAGAUGAAGUAACAGAUUUUAAUAAAACCCAGGAGCAGGUCUGGGACAAUUUGGCCCUAUUAGAUGUUGGAAUGAAAUCACAACAGAUGAGUAGCAGGUGUCAUGUGAGAGGCAUCUCUGGAGCAAGCCCCGAGAACUCUCUUUUAUUGAAUAUUACAAACAUUGCCACAGGUGCGCUCGUUGCUGAUUGGUUGAUACAAACACAAAGCAACUUGUUGCUGAUUGGUUAACACAAGUACAAAGCAAGGGUUACGUAUAGGCAUUAAUCACCAAUAGAUUAAAGGCUGGGAAAGGGAGCACAGAACUAGACAGGCAUGAAACCUCCUAAUUAAAUUAUAACUAAUGAUUGAUAUAGCAUGACUAAAACAAUUACUAAUGAUUGAUCAUAACAUGAAAAAAUAUAAUAAUCGAGUUCCGUAGAUGUUGUCAGCUAUGCAUUAAGAACAGGUCAGAGUGUUUUCAUGAACUUAAGAUGAACUGAGCAUCCUAGGGAAAUGAGGGAAUGUCUUGGUAUUUAGAACAGGUUGUACAGUAUGUACAGAAGCAGAGAAAAGCUUAGAAGUGAGACUUCCCAUAAUGCCAGAGAAAAGAAGCAGGACUUCCCAUAAUGCCACAGUUAUGUGCAGAAAGAGAACUUCCCUUCAAUUAGAGAUGUGUCAGAAGCAGAUGAAUCUGAAAUUUAGGGGAGUAGGAGAGGAGAUGCAUGAAAAUAUAAAAAUAAAAAUGAUUAAGGAAUUGGCAAGAUGGUUGGAUAUGAAAGAAGAAGAAACUGAAUAUAAAGUGGAGAAUGUAUUUAGAAUUAAAGUAAGAUCUUUAAAGGCAAAAUCAAAAAAAUUACCAGGAAAUGUGCUGAUGAUCUUUAAUUCCUCGAUAUGAGAAAUGCAAUUUUGAGAAUGAGUUAUCAAAACAAAUUGAUAAUUGACAGAAGGCCAAUUAUCAUAUUUAAAGAGAUCCCCACUAGAUUCCUACGAAAAAGGGACGGAUAGAAACAACUGGUGAACCUGCUGAAGAAGAAGGGGAUACAACAUAGAUGGGAAUUCCCGGAGGGAAUUUCCUUCUUUUAUAAGGACAAAAGAUUCAGACUAACUGAUAUUCAGGAGGUGAAGAAGUUUACUAGAAGAUAUGAGAAGGAGCUAGGAAAGCUGAAGGGAAACAGAAUUGACCACAGACCCGCCGGAGCGGAGUAUGAUUUAGAAGUAGAGAGAAAAAAGAAGAAAAAGGAAAGAAACAAAGAAGAGGAGGAAGAAAAGGAGGAAGGGGAAGAGGAAGAAAUAGAAGAUGAGGAAGAAGAAGUAGCAGAAGAGGAAGAGAUCUUAGAGGAUAAAAACCACCCAAAUCAAAUCUAAAGUUUAAGUUUGAGUUUGAGUGUUUUUCAUUAUGAAUUUGAAAUUGUUAACUUGGAAUGUAAAUGGGCUAAAUGAGAAAUCUAAGAGAAAUAAAGUGGAAAAUGUUUUGAAAAGAAGACAUUUAGACCUGAUUUGUUUGCAAUAAACUCACGUUGUAAAGAAACAUAGACAUAUUUUGAAAAAUAAGAGGUUGGUUAUGGAGUUUAUAUCCUUGGAUGUUAAUAAGAAAAGAGAUGUGGUAAUGUAUAUCAAAGAGAAAUUGGAACCUAAAUUAAUCUUGAAAGAUGAGGAGGGGAGAAUAAUUGUGGUGCAAAUUACAUUCCAGGGGGAGAAACCGAUAGUGGUGGGAAUUUACGCGCCUAAUGUAAAUAAGGCAGAUUUUUAUAAGAGGUUGGAAGAAAGAUUGAUAGAAACUGUAGACCAGAAAAUAAUAUUAAUGGGGGACUGUAACGGAGUGGUGACGCCGAAAAUGGAUAGAUCAGCAAAAAAGAAAAAUUCCAAACAGGGAAAACUCCCAAGGACGUUUUUUGACUUAGUUGAUAAUUUUGACCUAAUAGACAUCUGGAGGCUGAAACACCCAACCACAAAACAAUACACUUUCUUCUCCAAGCCACACCAAAGUUUGGGAAGAAUUGACUAUAUGUGAACAUCAAAAGAACUGGCACCAAGAGUACUGAGAAGCGAGAUCACACCACGAACACUAUCAGAUCAUAACCCUGUGAUGGUGCAAUUAAGGAGUAAAGAACAAAACUCUUUUAGGUGGAAAAUGAACAAAAAUCUGUUCGAGAAUCAAGAAGUAGUGGAAAAAGCAAAUGAGGUCUUAAAAGAAUACUUUAAAUGGAAUCUACAUAAGGAAACGAGAUUAGAUAUAGUAUGGGAUGCGAGUAAAGCAGUUAUGCGAGGCUUCCUGAUACAGCAAAAUAGUUAUAAGAAAAAGAUGAGAGAGAAGAAGAAAGAAGAAAUUCUGACCCAUCUUGCAGAAAACGAGAGAAAAUUAACAUUAAAACCAAAAGACGAACAAAUAAAACAAAUAAUUAAAAUGUUACAAACUCAAUUCUCCUUACUGGUGAAUGAAGAAGUUGAAUGGAAGAUAAAAUUUAUGAGAACAAAAUAUUUUGAGUCGGCCAACCAAACAGGGAAAUUACUCACGUGGCAACUAAGGAAAAGACAAAACCAGAACAUAAUAAAUAAAAUAAGGAUAGGAGAAGAUCAAACGGAAGACCCGAAAGAGAUAAGGAAAGCAUUUCAGGGGUUUUACACAGAAUUGUACAGGAAAGAGAAAGAUGAUAUAAGAAAAGUGAAAAAAUAUUUGGAAGAGCAUAAAGGAAAACAAAUAUCUGCUGAAGACAGAGAACAACUAAAUAACCCAAUAACAAUACAAGAAAUUCAAAAUGCAAUUAAAAGAAUGAAAUUAGGUAAAGCCCCAGGACCUGAUGGACUCUCUACUAAAUAUUAUAAACUCUGUGUGGAUAGCUGACUCCAGUUCUCUGUGAGGUAAUGAACAAUAUCUUACAAGGAGGAAAUAUCCUGAAUACUUGGAAAGAGGCAUACAUAACACCAAUCCCAAAACAGGAGGCUGACCCUUUAAAUGUUAAGAACUACAGACCAAUAUAUUUGCUGAAUAAUGAUUAUAAGUUACUUUCAGACAUACUAGCAAAUAGAUUAAAGCAAAUUCUAAAGGAGGUAAUUCACAAAGAUCAAGUGGGGUUCUUACCCGAACGUCAGCUAAAAGAUAAUGUAAGACACAUUGUAAAUGUAAUAGAAUACUUAGAGGUUAGAAAUGACAAACCAGCGGCAUUAAUGUUUAUCGACGCAGAGAAAGCUUUUGAUAAUGUGUCAUGGCAAUUUUUGAAGAAAAGUAUGGGAUUAAUGGGAGUAGAGGGAGCCUUCAUGAAAGGUAUAGAUGCAAUCUAUUCCAAACAGAGAGCUAAAUUAAUUGUAAAUAAUGUCUUAACAGAGUCAUUUGAUAUAACCAAGGCCACAAGACAGGGGUGCCCUUUAUCCCCAUUACUGUUCAUAAUAGUAUUGGAGGUCUUAACAAACUCGCUGAGAAAGACAUCAGAAAUAAGGGGUAUAAAAAUUGGAGUAAAAGAAUUCAAACUAAAGGCUUAUGCCGAUGAUUUAGUACUAACCUUAGAGGAACCACAAAUAAGUGUUAUGAAAGCAAUGGAGGAAAUGGAAGGAUUCGGCAGAUUAUCAGGAUUUAAAUUAAACAAAACAAAGACAAAAUUGGUGGUUAAAAAUAUGGAUAGAAAGGAGAAAGAACUGUUGGAACAAAAGUGCAGAAUCAAAGUGAUGAAGAAAGUGAAGUAUUUGGGAAUCUGGUUAACGACUAAAAAUAUUAAUUUGUUUAAUGACAACUAUGUACCGAUAUGGAGAGGAAAUCAAAAGAGAUUUAGAUAUUUGGAAUAGUCUAAAAUUAUCCUGGAGUGGCAGAAUGGUGGCGAUCAAUAUGAACAUAUUACCAAAUAUGUUAUUCUUAUUUCAAACGAUUCUAAUUAUUAAAGGUUUAUCACAAUUUUGGGACUGGCAAAAAGUAUUAUCAAGAUUCAUAUGGCAAGGGAAGAGGCCCAGGAUAAAAUUUCAACUACUAACUGACAAGAAAGAGAGAGGAGGAUUCCCUGUGCCAAAUUUAAAACUUUAUUAUGAAGCCUCCUGUCUGUGUUGGGUGAAAGAAUGGAUAGUAUUGAAAAAUACAGAUUUGCUGGAUCUAGAGGGGCAUAACAAUAGAUAUGGGUGGCACUCCUAUUUGUGGUAUAACAAGGUAAAGAUACAUAAAGGAUUUGUAAACCACAUUAUUAGGGGUGCCCUAUACGAGGUAUGGGAUAGAAACAAGAACCUAUUAGAGAGACAUACACCAUGGUGGUUAUCCCGGCAGAAGUGCUAACAGUGAAAAAAUUGAAUAUGGAAGGGAGGAGAGCAACCUAUGAAGAAAUAUUAAUGAAGACUGAUAAAGGAUGGAAGUUAAAACCCUAUAAUCACAUAGUGAACGCCUUCACGGGAUGGUUACAAUACAACCAAGUAAACAAAAUACUCAAAGAGGAUAAGAAAUUAGGAUUUAGUGGAAAAAAAUUAAGAUAUCAAAUUGAAAUUAUAGAGGGUAGGACAAAACUUCUAUCAAAAAUGUAUGAAUAUUUGUCAGAAUGGAAUACAAAAGACGAACUGACAAAGGAAGUUAUGAUAAAAUGGGCAGUUGAUUUUGGUUAUAAUAUUGAUUAUGAUGAUUGGGUAAAACUAUGGACAGAAGGUUUGAGGUUCACGGUGUGCUCCACUCUAAAAGAAAAUUUAAUGAAAAUGAUGUACCACUGGUAUAUCACCCUGGUUAAACUAGCAAAAAUGUAUAGAGUAAGUAAUAAAAUGUGUUGGAAAUGUAAAACAAAAGACAGUGAUUUUUUUCACAUGUGGUGGACGUGUGAAAAAAUGAAAAAAUAUUGGGACAUGAUAUAUAACGCAAUGAAAAAACUAUUUAAAUACACUUUCCCAAAGAAACCAGAUGCAUUUUUGCUAGGGAUAACAGGGGAUGAAUUAAAAAAGGAAGAUUACAAACUAUUCAUGUACACAACAACCGCCGCUAGAAUCUUAGUGGCUCAGAAAUGGAAAUCCCAAGAAAUCCCAACUUUAAUGGAGUAUCAGACAAAAAUGUUUGAAUACAUAGAAUUGGCAAAAUUGGCUUAAAAGAUUCGGAACCAAAAAGAAGCAAAGUUCAAAAAGGAUUGGAGUAAAUUUGUUGAAUAUAUACGGAGUAAUUGUAAGAAUUUAAAAACUGUAGCAGGAUUAAUGUAAAUCUUCUGAUGUGGAUGGAGUGUAAAUAAGAAACUGUAAGAAAAGAUUUGAGACAUGAAAACCGUUGAAGGGAUGGAAGGAAAUCUGGGCACAAUAAGACGCAGGGUAAAUAAGAAGACAUAUACAUUUUUGAAUGUAAGAGUAUUUGUUUUAUUUGUUGUUGUUACAAAAAAGCAAUAAAAAGUAUUUGAAAAAAAAGUAAGGCAGCAUUUUAUGAACACUCACAGCCUUAGUUACUGUAGUCUAUUUGUUUCAUUCAGUAGUAUGCAACAAGUAUGGAAUCACAAAAUUCUAGAGUUAGAAGGUAUCCCAAAGGUCAUCUAGUCUGACCCCCUGCAAUACAGGACUAGCAGCUAAUGUAAUCUGGCAUCUUGUCUGUUUUUGGGCAUCCCAACUUUCUGGGGCGUUUUAUCCAUGUGCAAACUGUUGCAAAAGUGCUGCCAUACCUGAUAUUAGAGGAGCAUUCAGUAGCUUGUUUACUAAAGGGAGAAUGCUUUUAUAAUGAUGCUUCUGAUAAACACCUUCAAGAUGCUGGGUUUUAAAAAAACAAAACCAAAAAAAAAGCAACACACCCCUAACAAAUCCUUUUGUUUCUUAAGGCAAAGCACUCCACACAUUUGUUGUUUUGAGGCAUUAAAUAUGUUCUGCAAGGUAAUUAAUGAGAUUAAUGCUGAUUAUAAUUGGUGUCCAUUCAAAAAUGUCAAACCUAUUUAAGCAUAUUUUUCAUAAUGCUGUUAAUUAGUGAAUUGCAUUGAAGUUUCUAUACAUAGGCAAGGAGUUAAAUGGGAAGCAGAGGCCGAACUACUUUGCCUGAUGGUCUUGAGGACAACAGUAAGGUGGCAGCUGAUGAACACAUUAGCCAUGACUGAAGGAGGGAGAGAGAGAGAGAUUGAGAUUCAGUGCUGUCUUGUUCAUCUUUUUGUUUGUUUUCCCUUCACAGUAUUUUAAAAAGCAGAAGCGGCUAAUCCUAGAAAGGACAGUUUGGAAAUAUUUUGUGCAGUUGUGCAGUGCAGUUGAACACAUGCACUCCCGCAGGGUGAUGCACAGAGGUAACAUUAAUUCACUCUCUUUUCACUGAAUAAUAGUAUAAUGUUCCAAUUAGUAAGCGUCUACAUUCAAAAACAAUUAUGCUGAUGUUCAGCCAUUGCAUACUUAGAGACAGUGGAGCUCGCAAGAUGGAUUUCUCCUUGUGCCUGAUUGUAAAGCAUUCAUAGAAUCAUAGAAUCAUAGAAUCAUAGAAUCAUAGAAUCAUAGAAUCAUAGAAUCAUAGAGUUGGAAGAGACCACAAGGGCCAUCGAGUCCAACCCCCUGCCAAGCAGGAAACACCAUCAGAGCACUCCUGACAUAUGGUUGUCAAGCCUCCGCUUAAAGACCUCCAGAGAAGGAGACUCCACCACACUCCUUGGCAGCAAAUUCCACUGUCGAACAGCUCUUACUGUCAGGAAGUUCUUCCUAAUGUUUAGGUGGAAUCUUCUUUCUUGUAGUUUGGAUCCAUUGCUCCGUGUCCGCUUCUCUGGAGCAGCAGAAAACAACCUUUCUCCCUCCUCUAUGUGACAUCCUUUUAUAUAUUUGAACAUGGCUAUCAUAUCACCCCUUAACCUCCUCUUCUCCAGGCUAAACAUGCCCAGCUCCCUUAGCCGUUCCUCAUAAGGCAUCGUUUCCAGGCCUUUGACCAUUUUGGUUGCCCUCCUCUGGACACAUUCCAGUUUGUCAGUGUCCUUCUUGAACUGUGGUGCCCAGAACUGGACACAGUACUCCAGGUGAGGUCUGACCAGAGCAGAAUACAGUGGCACUAUUACUUCCCUUGAUCUAGAUGCUAUACUCCUAUUGAUGCAGCCCAGAAUUGCAUUGCCUUUUUUAGCUGCCGCGUCACACUGUUGGCUCAUGUCAAGUUUGUGGUCAACCAAGACGCCUAGACCCUUUUCACAUGUACUGCUCUCAAGCCAGGUGUCACCCAUCUUGUAUUUGUGCUUCUCAAUUUUUUUGCCCAAGUGCAAUACUUUACAUUUCUCCCUGUUAAAAUUCAUCUUGUUUGUUUUGGCCCAGUUCUCUAAUCUGUCAAGGUCAUUUUGAAGUGUGAUCCUGUCCUCUGGGGUGUUAGCCACCCCUCCCAGUUUGGUGUCAUCUGCAAAUUUGAUCAGGAUGCCCUUGAGUCCAUCAUCCAAGUCAUUGAUAAAGAUGUUGAAUAAGACCGGGCCCAAGACAGAACCCUGUGGCACCCCACUAGUCACUCUUCUCCAGGAUGAAGAGGAACCAUUGAUGAGCAUCCUUUGGGUUCGGUCAGUCAGCCAGUUACAAAUCCACCGAGUGGUAGCAUAGUCAAGACUGCAUUUUACCAGCUUCUUUACAAGAAUAUCAUGGGGCACCUUGUCAAAUGCCUUGCUGAAAUCAAGGUAGGCUACAUCCACUGCGUUCCCUUCAUCUACCAGGCUUGUAAUUCUGUCAAAAAACGAGAUCAGGUUAGUCUGACAUGACUUAUUUUUCAGAAAUCCAUGCUGACUAUUGGUGAUCACAGCAUUCCUUUCUAGGUGUUCACAGACUGUUUGCUUAAUGAUCUGCUCCAGAAUCUUCCCUGGUAUAUUCAGUCUGAGCUGAUCAGCAGGAUUAUGAAGACGAGGUGCCUUCAGUUGCCACAACUGAAAUUUGGUAGAAGUGUCACAGUAUCUAUUUAGAACAGCAUCGGAAGCAUAAUGCUGGGACCAGUGGGCACAGGGAAUGCUAAGCCAAGCUCUUUUUCCUUUUUGAAUGCAUAGCCACUGUUCUGAAAGAGACAUUAUUAAGUACUGGGGUUCUCACCCUGGGCCAGCAGGGGGAUACUGUAGAUAGUUAUGCAAAUGAAGGCUCGAAAGUGACGUUCAGUGAUUGGAUAGUUUUAGAAAGUUGGUACAGUUACGUUGUUCUGGAGCUCUAUAUAAGCAGGCUGACUGAGCUCUUCAGUUCAGUUCUGGCCUCGGAAUAAACAAGAGCUGUUUGAAGAAUUGCUGUGUCGUCUGAUAUGUUCACCCACAACUUAACACUGGCGACGAGGAUGGGAUCGAUGGACAUCAGAGCACAGCCAGAUGCGGCCACCCUCUGAACUGAGCUGAAUCACUGAGCUGAAUCACUGAGCGAAAUCACUGAACAGAACCAAUUCAGAGCUGAUUGUUCUGGCUAGAGCACGGUGUUCCAUCCAUCGCCCUUCUCGCCGGCAUCGGAAUCAUGGCUUCACUUGUGCCUCUACUGCCGUUUGCGCCAGCCUCUGAAUCAUGGGACUCCUACCUCGCUCGGUUCGACUGCUACCUCCAAGCCAACGAACUAACAGAAGUAUCAAAGGAGCAGAAGCGGGGCCUAUUCCUCAGCCUCUGUGGGCCUGAGGUGUUUGAGACAGCCCAAGCAUUGGUUGCGCCUGAAGCAGUCCAGGCAACACCAUGGGACACGAUUCAAGAGAAGCUCCACAACCACUACGCACCAAAGCCGUCCAAGAUUGCUGCCCACCAUGCAUUCUACCACCGGAACCAGGCAGAGGGGGAGUCAAUCAACAACUACACCACCGCCCUCCGACAGGUUGCAAUGCAUUGCGAGUUCCGAGACUUAGACGAUGUCCUGAUGGAUCGAAACGUCUGCGGGGUCCGGGACAUCCGUCUGCAACGGCGUCUCCUCGCCAAGCCAGACCUCACGCUGCAGAAAGCCAUUGAGGAGGCCGUGGCCUUGGAAGCUGCCGAACGCUCCGCCCAGGAGAUCCACAAGGCCAGCAGCCCGCGUCUUGCUAGGAAGCCAGUUCCAGUGCAUCAUGAAGAGGCCAGCAGUGAUGAGGCAUCCUCCAGUGAAGACGAUGACGUGCACCAGACAAAGCGGGAGUGCAGGAAGUUCCAAAAGAAGUCCAAGGGCCAAUCGGAAUGUGCCGGUUGCAGAGGCAACCAUUCCCGUGCCAAGUGUCGAUUCAGAGAUGCCAUCUGUCGGUAGUGUUCCAGAAGGGGCCACAUCACUAAGGUCUGCCGAUCGGCUCCGUCCAGCACCCCCCCUCACCGACUCACAAGUCCAAGUCUUCACUCCAGUCCGCCAAGGAAAGCUGUUUCGCUCUCACCAACUGCCGCUGCUCGUCUGGAACCACGAUUGGCCAAACCGACUCGCCUACGCGAUGCAAGCUGAACGUCACGGUGCUCAUUGAAGGAGCUCCAUGUGACAUGGAGAUUGACACCGGGUCUGCCCUGUCCAUCGUGUCUUGGAGCACCAUCAAAAGACUGGUACCCAGAGUGUCCAAAAGGCAACUCGACUCUCACCGCGUACACCUGAGAGACUACCAGGGAAACGACAUUCCUGUGGUAGGCGUUGGCCGGUUCCGGAUCACCUUCAAGGAUUUUUCGGGCCUGCUCCGACUGGUGGUGAUCAAAGGUCAGCGGCCAAGCCUCCUAGGGCUAGACUGGUUUGAUGCCCUCGGCCUGGAAGUCACCGGCAUCAACUGCAUCUCUAACGCAGAGACUGAGGGUCUGGUCAAAGACUUUGCCGAGGCUUUUGACGGCACUUUAGGGCAAUAUACAGGUAUGCCCAUCUCCUUUAGCCUUGAUCCACAAGUCACCCCCAUCAAGCUAAAGCCAUGCCGGGUUCCCUUUGCUCUCAAGGCUAAGGUGGACGAACAACUGGACAAGCUGAUCGCCCAAGGAGUUUUGGAGCCGGUUGACCACGCCAAGUGGGAAACCCCCAUCGUCAUGCCUGUCAAGCCAGACGGGUCGGUGAGAAUCUGCACCGACUACAAGUGCACGAUCAACAAGGCACUUCAGCAGCACGCUUACCUGGUUCCUGUUGUUCAACACCUGCUGCAUUCCUUGGGUGAGGGUAAGGUCUUUGCUAAGCUGGACCUUGCCCAAGCCUAUCAACAACUCCCCGUCAAUGAUGCCACUGCUGAAGCCCAGACGAUCAUCACCCACCGAGGGGCAUUCCGUUGCCGCCGUUUGCAGUUCGGGGUGAGUGUGGCUCCUGGCAUCUUCCAAAGCCUUAUGGAGCAUCUCCUGCAAGGGCUUCCGGGCGUGGUACCAUAUUUUGAUGAUGUCUUGGUGUCCGCAGACUCACACCAGCAGCUGUUCGAGUGCCUCCGUACCGUGCUGACCAGGUUCCAGGAGGCCGGGCUCAAGGUAAAGAGGGAGAAGUGCCAGAUCGCCGUUCCACAGGUGGAGUUCCCGGGCUAUCUUAUUGAUGCCUCCGGCCUUCACCCGACCACAUCCAAGAUCUGUGCUAUCCAGCAGGCCCCCAUCCCAAAGAACAAGACGGAGUUGCAGGCGUUCCUGGGACUGCUGAACUUUUAUAACAUGUUCCUGCCCCACAAAGCCACGGUGGCUGAGCCUCUUCACCGACUCCUCAGCACAAAGACGCCUUGGUCCUGGGGUCAUCGGGAGACGGCGGCCUUCAACGCAUGCUGCGAUGGACUGUUUUUCUGGCUGUCUACCACUACCGGCUCGUCCAUCGCCUGGGGAAAUCACUGGGCCAUGCCAACGCCCUCAGCCAUUGCCCUCUUCCAGCUUUUGUGGAAGACCCGGCUCCUGCUUCAUCGCUCCUCCUAAUUGAGGAUCUUCCGGCAGCGCCUGUAUCGGCUGCCACUGUGGCCUCCGCAUCUGCCCAGGAUCGCACCAUCAGCCAUGUGCUCAACUGGGUGUGGAGGGGGUGGCCACAAGGGCCGUUUGCAUCGGAGUUCCAGCUGUUCGCAACCAGACAACAUGAACUCUCGGCUCAUCGCGGCUGUCUGCUGUGGGGAGACCGCGUCAUGAUUCCUCAAAGACUCCGUCAACGUGUCCUGGAGACUGCACGUUGGCCACCCGGGAAUCAUCAAAAUGAAGGCGUUGGCUCGGUGUUACGUCUGGUGGCCUAACAUGGACGAUGCCAUCACUGCCUGGGUUUCCGCCUGUCAAGCGUGCCAAGAAUCGAGGCCUGGGCCACCGGCAGCUAAGGGACACACCUGGGAGACGCCAAAGACACCCUGGUCGAGGGUGCACAUCGAUCUGGCCCCUUUCAUGGCCGGACCUUUAUGGUAGUGGUGGAAGCCUAUUCCAAAUGGCUGGAGGUGGCCCUGAUGUCCUCCACCACUACCGAGGCCGUCAUCCGGGUGCUGCGAGGCCUUUUUGCGACCCAUGGGUGUCCUGAUGUCCUUGUCUCCGACAAUGGACCGCAAUUCACAUCAGGCACUUUUGAGCGGUACCUUUUGGGACUGGGCAUCCGCCAUUCCCUAACGGCACCAUUUCAUCCAUCCAGCAACGGGCAAGCGGAGAGAAUGGUGCGCUCGGCAAAAGAGGCACUGGGGCGCCUGGACCGGGGAGACUGGCACGAGCGGGUCGCCGAAUACUUGUUCGUGCAACACAUCACCCCACAGGGCGGAGUCCUGCCAAACUGCUUAUGGGCUGCCGCCUCAGGUCCCCGCUCGACCGGCUGCACCCGGACUUUGCCGUGGCCGAACCCCCAGGCUGUGCCAACGCGCCACGGUCAUGUUGGGAUACUGCCAGGGAGACAAAGUCCAUCAUGGCCCCCAAGCCGCCUCCAGAUGUCCAUCGAUCUCCCGUAGACACGCAGCAUCAGCAAUUAGCGACACGAGCUCCAGAAAUAGCCUGCCACAUUCCAGAACUGGUGCACGCUCUAUCAGCAGAUAAUGCACAGUGAAAGAUGCACGCAGGAGAGUAUUAUUUACAAGUUUAUUCAGCGUUGAUCAGAACAAAGAAAACAUGACUGCCUGCUUCAGUGUCUCUGACACACACAGAGAGAAACGAAAGCAUAGACACAACAGAAACAUCCUGUGAACAGGAAAUACGCAGACUCUGUGACUCACAAAGCCUGCUCCCUUUUAAGGUGGAACGGAAAUAUCCUAACAGGUCAUUUGUUCCAGGAAACCAGGUCUCAGUCUCAGUCAGUUUUAUUGCACAUAGCCAAAGGCUGCCGCAAUGUACACAGAAUUAUUUGACAAUUAAAAGAAAAUAUACUGAAUUGAUAAAAAAAAAGACUUAAAACAUUUAUAUUAUUAAAACAUUACGUACUCUAAACAAAGCUAUAAAAAUACCCCAAUGUACAAAUAAAAACAUUAAACAAUAAAAUUCAUAAGCUAAAAUCAUUACAUGGUCACUAAUGUUAAAAACAAUAUCAAUUAAUACAGUGUGCAAUUUAUACUCAGAGUGUGGUGACAAAGAUAGAGCAUAGCCUGAGGUAGAUAGAUGGGAUCAAAUAAAUUCAUCACCUUUACAGUUAAUGGCUACCUUGGCUAUAUAAUUUGCUCUAAUUUUCCUAACAGCAGUUGAAAAAAGUGCCACCCGCCAGGUCACAUACUUAUCUGUGUCUGCAAGGAGAUAUAAUAUCAUGUCAAGGGGGUUCUGGCCAGGGGACCCUGUCAUUAUAGGUACCAAAAAUUCCUUGCAUCAUUAUAUAACGGACAGUGCAAGAUAUAAUGCAUAAGGUCCUCUACUUCAGAACAUCCCCUAAUGCAAACACGUUUGUUCUUUUGGUAUGCCUCUGUGUCUCCCGUCUCUAUAAGCAGAGCUUAUUGUAUUUAGUUGUAGCUCUGUAAAAGCUUUUCAAAGCUGUGCAGAAGUCAAUUCAUUAAAAUAAGAUAUGUGUUCAUUGACCUCUCUAAGUUUAAAAUACAAUGGGGCGCAUGUAGAUGUGCACAUAGAGUUUAUUUUUUAAAAAAUGAUAUUUAUUGAGAAUUUAAAAUUACAUAAAGAAAAAAGAAAAAACAAGAAAAAAGAAAAGGAAGAAAGGUAGACAAAAAGAGAGAUUAAACAAUAUAAGUCAAUAAAAGCAACGGUCAAAAAAAAAACCACAAAACACACAAUACAUCAGAAUCAAAAAUAAAUAAAUAAACAAAAAAUUUAAAAACAAAUCCAAUAUUCCCAAGUCUUUAUCUUUCAUUAACUUGUUUCAUCGACCUCCUCACACCUCCCUUUUUUGUAUUCUAGUUAUUAAUUAUCUCAGCAAAUCCUUUCCAUCUUUCACAAUAUUCUGUCAUUAAAUUACCUUAAUCUAUUUUAACCUUAUCUUACCAUAAAAAACCUUAAAGCUUAAAACUUAAAUCUUAUUUAUACCUAAUUCUUUUUAACAAAACAUAUUUAUACAUAAUUCUUUUUAACAUUUCUACUAAAGCCAAAAAGUUUCAUUCCAACGUUUUUCUAAUACUCAUUAAUUUUACAAUGAUUUUCUAAAUGGAUUUUUAAAACUUUCUUCCAAUCUUCAUCCGUCGUCUCUUCUUCCUGGUCUCGGGUUUUGUCAGUCCUUUCUGUCCCAUCCAUCUAGUCCAUCAACCUGGUGACCUUCUAUCCGAGGCUCUUAAGUCUUUUCCAUGUCCCUUCUGCAGGUCUUCUUCAUGUUUAUACCUGCACUUUACUUUAUCUUCUGCUGAUCUUAUUCUUGAUUUCCUUCCUUUCUCUCGGGGAGACUCCAACUUGACAAUAUCUUUAUCCCUUCUCGACAAGUCAGCCCAUUCUCCAUAGUCGACACUGAAAUCCAAAAGAUAUUUGAAGGCAUGUUUCAAAGUCCCUCCAAGGUUAAGGGCCCCCACAACUCCAAACUCCCCCUGGCCCAAAGCCAGAUCCGAAAAGUCAAAACAUCCCUGCAUAGGGGGAUCCAUCCAACCUCCCAUCUCCAGACCAAACAGUACUCCAUCUCUCCAAAUCUGACCCUCUCCAGGUUCAAUCGUCAAAAACAGCAUCUUAUGUUCCUGCGAGGCCGCAGCUCUCUCGAUUUCUGAUACUUGAGGUUCAGCAACUACCUCCUCCUUUAUCUUCUUCACCACUUGCUCUGUCAAAGCACAUUCCUGGAUUGAUUCCUGAGUGGUUUCUAUAUAAGUAUUCACUGUUUGUCCAAAAUUUCCAACUGCAACAGUCAUCAAAUCCAUCUUCUCAUGUAGCUGUUCCAGUAAAGCACUUGUCUUGCAAAAAGCAAGCACUAAAGCUUCUUCUGGGCACAUUCUUGUUCAAGGUCGGUGUCUAAUUCCCACGAUCUUUUAUCUCUACAGCUGUAGAGUUCCCCAGACCGACUCCAGCAACAGUUUCACAAGCUCCCUCUAGAGGAAACAAUUUCUAUUUGUAUCCGUCUUUUUAAAAGCAGAUUUAGCAACAAAGUUCCUUUCGUUUUCCAGAUAUUUUGUUCCUUUUAAGUACAAAAGGGAACAUUGGAAUCAAUAUGUUUCUCUUUUUUAACUAUCUGUCAAAAAUGUUUUAUCCACAGUCAAUGAACUUCCCCAAAGUGUCUGUCUCUGACAGCCCGCUCCCAGGAUCAAGACGGUGGAAAUUUAUCUUUCUUUACUCUCUCUUCUGCAGGUUUAAACAGUCUAAAAAGAUUCCCCCCUCUUCUCCUGCUUCCAAGGGGGGUUUAGUGAUUUUAGCUGAUGGAAAUUUAGUCCUUUACAAACGACUUUCCAGACUCUAGCUUGCAAUGUCUUUGCUUCAAUCUAUUUACAAAAGCGGAAGGCGGACUUCCUGUUUAGACCUUCCCGCUUCGAUUGCCAAAUUAAAAGUUUCUUAAUCCAAUUUUCCGUUCUACUCACGGGCAGUUGUUUAAAAUCCAAUUGUCCACAGGAAAAGUCAGCGCUCUCCGGCAACAGCAAUGCGGCUUCACUCCGUGAAAAGAGCAGUCGAUUCGAAGCACCGCACCAUUCACUCCCACGUCGCUCCGGAUCCCCGAAGCCGGGUUUCCCGCGAGGAGGGGAGGCGCAAAAGGUGCCAGCCGAAUCCCACGUCCACAGGCUUCUCCCGCCUGUGGUUUUUAGUGGGUCUCCGCCUCGCCGCGGCGGUCCAGACCCUAGUUCUCACGAAGCGGAUUCCUCCUGGUCAGAGGAAAUCCGCCAUUGCCGGAGGCGCUAACCCGGAAGUGAUGUGCACAUAGAGUUUAGAAACUGGGUACAUAGAGUUUAGAUCGUUUUUAGUUGCCACUGCCCUUAUGGUUCGUUUAAAAAUAUUUUUCUGUGAAUAUAAGGGGAGUUCUUUAAUCUCAGUCACUGAGAGGUCAUAUUUGCCCAUCAGUUGGGCAGCAUGAUGUACCCAGUUUUAAAGGGGUAAUCCAUUUGAGAGCUCAAUCAGGCAUUUUUUUGGUAGCCUAGUGUUGUCCAUCUGUUGAACUCUAAACCAGUAACAGAGAAUUCUUUUAUCUAUUUGGCUCUCUAUGCUCAACAUGCGAGUUUCCAACCUGACCAUGGCAGAUUGCCAUGUCUUUGGGUAAACCUAAAAGAACUCUUAAAAAAUAAUUCUGUGGGGGUUCCAGACCGGAGACCUUUGAGGUACCCCAAACCUCUGCACCAUAUAAAAUCUGGGCCAUUGUUUUUGCUUUAUACACAGAUAGAGCUGGGUUGACCAGAUUUCCACCUUUAUAGGCAGCGAAUUUCAGAAUGGCUUUUGCUGAUUUAAAGGCUUGCAAUUUAAUAUUGGAUAGCUGUGUAUUCCAAGAUGCCGUUUCUGAAUAAAUCAAUCCCAGAUAUUUGAACGUAUUUACUUGGUUUAUGAUGUGUUCAUCCAGGUGCCAAACAUGCUUUUUAGAACGCUUCCAAAAUACAAUGACCUGCGUCUUAUCAUAGUUUAUAGAUAAAGCAUUCCUCGUGCAAUAUGAACUUAAUUUUGCAAGCAGCCGUCUCAGGCCCACCUGGGUUCUAGAUACAAGUACUAGGUCAUCAGCACAUAGCUGUCAACUUACAGAUUUGAAAAUAAGGGACCAGCAGCCUUGAAAAUAAGGGACCAGCAGCCAAAAUAAGGGACCUGCAGCCUCAUCUGUUCCAGGCACUCCAGUCUUCCUGUCCUCCUGCAGUCUGGUCAAACUCAUGCUGGUAGCUUCGAGAACACUGUCCAACCAACUUUGUAACCAGAGGUUCAACUGAAUAGAAUCUGAAUCACAUGCACCACAAGGCCUAUGCAGCCUCAACUUAAGAUGGCUCCCCAGCCUAGCUUUGCACUGCAAAGUUUGCAGCAGCAUGUGCAACAAAAUGGCGUCCAGCAUUCAAAACCCCCCUCAGCUUGCAUUAACUAGCCACACACAAGGCAUGCAAGCUCCACCCCCAGUCGUUCUUAGACUUCUUAUUGGGUGAGCAACACAGCCAAGCAACACAGUUGGAGCCUCCCCCUCCCUGGCUGGCAGGGAGGGAGGGAGAGGAGCUGCUUCCUUUGAAAUUUAAGGGACAUCAUUUAAGGGACAUUUAAGGGACAUCCAUCAAUAAGGGACAGCAGCGGGACAUGGCGCUGGAAUAAGGGACUGUCCCUUCAAAUAAGGGACACUUGACAGCUAUUCAUCAGCAUACGUUAAAACUGAGAGUUUUUGGUCGAGAAUUGUGACGGGGCAAACUGUAGGCCCUCCAGUUCUUUAACCAUGUCAUUAAUAUAAAAAUUGAACAGGAAAGGUGCCAAAAUGCAUCCCUGUUUGACUCCAGUAAUGGUCUUAAUUCUAGAGGUGAGAUGGCCAGCCAGAUCCACCUUUACUUGUAUUGAUGUGUCAGUAUAUAAUGUUUUGAUGAGAAAUAAUAGCCGGAGGUCUAUAUUUGUCUUUUCCAAUUUUUGCCACAAUGCGUGUCUUGGGACCGUAUCAAAAGCUGACUUUAGAUCGAUAAAAGCAACAUAUAAUUUUUGCUUCAAAUUAUGGAUGUAUUUACAUAGCAGAAAGUUCAGCACAAAGCACUGGUCCAAUGUGGAUUCCCUCUUUGGAAACCUGCCUGGACUUCAAAUAUCACCUUAUUUGUAUCUGCCCAUUCUUCUAGUCUCCCAAGAAGGAGCCUGGCAUAUAGUUUGGAGGCUACAUCUAACAAACUAAUGGGUCUAUAAUUGGCAGGGUUUUUCUUAUCACCCUCUUUAUAUAUUGGGGCAAUUAUACUCAACUUCCACCCUUCAGGUAUGCGACCUGAGCUGUUAAUGUAUGAAAACAAUUUUGCAAAAAUGGGAGACCAGAAAUCAGGUCUUAUCUUAUAGAUCUCCAUUGGGAUCAUGUCUUCUCCUGGAGCUUUAUUAGCUAGUUGGUUUGCGAUUAGCCUCUUAAUCUGAUUGGGCGUGACGUCUAGCCAUUCUGGCAGUUCUGAUAACUGAGUAUAGUAAACUUGUGGGGGUGGGUCAGGACAGGGGCCAUAUAUUUCUGUAAAAUAUGUCACCCAAUCCUUUCCUUGGACAGAUGCUUCUAAUGAGUAGCCCAGCCCAUUUGUGCCUUGGGCAACCAGAUGCCAAAAUUUCCGUGAGUCCUUUUGAAAUGCUGCAACUCCCAAUUCUUUCCACUGUUGUUCAUAAUAUAUUUGUUUCUUGCUUUUAAGUAAUAAUUUAUAAUUGUUUCGUAACUGGGCUACCUCAGCUUGUAGAGCAAGAUUGUGCUUAUCCUGUUUUAACUUCAAUUUUCUAAGUACCCUAGCUAGGUAUUUUUUGCUAUUCUGACAUUCCUUAUCAAACCAAGUCUGUCUCUUAAACUUUUUGUUUUUUAUCACACUAGCUGUGGUCAUCAGUGGGCGCAUUCGGUUGAUUAUGUUCUCAUAAAGUCCAAUUAUGUUUCCUGUGUCUAACAACAUUUCCCCCUUUAAUAAAGCAAAUUCAUGGGAAUCCAGGAUCUGAAUCAUUUUUUUCUUGAACCUGUGCAUUCCAUUUUAACCUUCUGUUUCCAAGUAUCAGAUAUUCUGUUUCAUCCAAUAAUUUAGGAAAGGCAGGAGAAAAGAAUGAUGUCAAAGAUAACUCAAGUGGAAAGUGGUCACUUUCAGUUCUGCGAAUUAUCCUGAAGGUAUCUCGGUUAACUGGCACAUUAUUAGAUGUUAGGAUAUAAUCUAUGGUGCUAGUAAAUCCUCUGGGGGAGAUAAAAGUAAAAUAACCCUCUUGAUCCCCUUGACCGUGCCCAUUGCAUAACAAAAGGUUAUGCUUUAUUAUAAGUUCACAAAGAUAUUUCCCAGCCCGAUUAGAGAUGGUGUCCAUUGCUGCCCUCUGACAGAUUUCAGGUUCGUCCUCCAAGUUUAGACCAGAUAAUAUUGUAUUUUGUGGGGAAACAAGGCCGAUCCAGGCAUUGAAGUCACAUCCCAAGACAAGCCGAGGGUCAGGUGACAGAGAGUCUAUACUUUCGAGUAGUUGGUCAAGUUUAUCCCAAUAUGAUCUCAGUUCCCCACAAGACUUUAGUGGAGGUAUGUACACACAGAUGCAAUAAGUAUUUCUCAGGAGACUAUCAGAAAGGGACAACGCUAAAAAAUUAGGGGUGGUCAGCGAGGGACACUGUUGAAUUGAUACAUUAAGAGAGGUUGACACCAGCACCGCCAGCCCCCACUAGGCCCCCACUAGGCCCCCACUUUACAGUUUUAAGAGCUGGUUGAGUGUAACUUGUAAAACCCUGUAAUUCAACCAUAGUGCCCACUUUUGCCAGGUUUCUUGAAGAAAGAUGAUAUCAUGUGUUUGUAGAUAAGAACAGAAAUCACUGUCUUGGAUCUUGUUCAUCCACCCUGUUACAUUCCAUGAGAGAAGUUUAAUUGUUUUACAGUGAUUUACUCUUAGUCAGUUGUUGGCCAAUGUACUCUCGGAGUUUACCAGUUUUUGAGGCAACAGAGUAUUGCUAAUGCUAGUGGAAUAAUCCAGAUGUUCGAUUAUUUCAGUCGUCGUACAUAAAGUACUCACAUUUGUAAUCACUGGGCCUUUUCUUUGCAAAUUGCUUGCCAAUGGGGAUUCCUUGGGUGUAUUUCCUGACUCCUCCUCUUCUAAAUAUCUCAUCUUUGUCCAAUACUCCGGUGGUUCUAUAGUUAUCAUUCUGUUGUGGCCAUUGGGUCUAUUAUCAAUCUCUGCCUCCGGUUCUUUAAUCUCUUUCAAUGUCUGGCUCAUAAGUUCAAGCCUCUUGAUAACUGUUUGUUGCUCUUCAUGAGGGAGAUUCCUAAAGGAGCUGAGAAAAUCCUCUUCCAAAUGAUUUACAGAGUGCUCAGAUUCCUGAAGAUGAUUGUCUAGAGGAAUCGGCUGUUGCUUUUGGCUCACCUGGUUAUUUUGAUGUUGGGCAUGAUCCUGCGAGUUCAACUCAGGCAUGUCUGUUUUCUCCCCACCUGUCAAGUUUUUUUGUGAUGUCAUUACUUCCAUUGGGGAUCCAGGCUUUGGUUUUGUGAGCCUCUCUGAAGCACCAGUCCUCAUCUUACAUAAGGGUGCAAAAAUAGAAUUGCGAAAUACCCGGGUUGGAAAAACUCCUCUGCUUGACAAUCUGAAUUUCAUCUUGUGAAUCAGUGAGGGCAGUCUAGUAGAGGAAAAAGUUAACAUAAUUUUUUGGCUUUGAUUUGUGUUAUUCAAGAGUUCAGUCCUAACGAGGUCGAUCUCUGUAAGUCCAAUGCCAAGUAAGUCUGAUAAAUGUCGUUUGGAACGCUGGGCACCUUUCCAGCUAGGAGUUUGAUCUGGCCUUCCACAAAUUGUCAUGCAGAUCUUUUUUGGUUGGAAGAUUAAAUAAGAAGAGUUUGUUUUAAGAGCCUCUGCACGUUCUAUGUUGAGCUUAGGGGUCUGCUCUUGUUGUCGCCAAUUUCCUUUGGUACUAUGGUGUUCUGUUGAUGCCUGCUUGUUAUUAACUGAUAAACUGUGGACCUCUUUGGAUAAUUGGGUUAUUUGAGAGGCAAUACCUCUAAUUUGUUGGAAGAUAUGCUCAACCGUUCUUGCAAUUAGAGUUAAUUGGGUGCUCUCCCUACUUGUUAUUCCUUCCUCUCUGAGGAGCACAGGAUCAACUUGCCCCAUUGCUGUAUCCAGUUCCACGUUCUCACCUUGAAUACUCUCCCCACAGAGGGGCCACUAGGGGCGCAUUGGAAGAUGGCUGACAAUAACAUCUCUCAGACCAACACGAGGUAAUUAAGAGGCUGUGAUGGGAGUAAACAGCCUCCCCCCCCCCAGCGUGUGUGGGGGGGACUGCCCUUGCCUGCUGUGCCCCAUACCACCCCCGAAUUUGAGGGGGUGGGGGCACUAGGCAGAAAGCCCUUGUGCGGAUUUCGGCGCUCCUGGAUGCUGUCUCUGAUUCGCACCUCUAGCUGCAGCAAACUCAAAAGAAACAAUUAGGAGGAAGCUAAUGCACAUAUUUCAAGGAAGAAUGGGGAGUAAAGACUGCUAACUGAAGAGAUCUCUGAUAAACAAGACGGGUCGGAGGAACAGGAAUAAAUCAUGAGAAGACACACCAAGGCUCAGUAUGUUCGGCAACGGGACUGGAUGGGGGGGGGAUUUUCCUUUCUUUUCUCUAUGUGAUUAACCAAGAAUCCCCCCCCCCAAGUCACAAGUCAGAAAUGCCGUUUAAAUUAUUUAAGCUGAGGAUUUAAGACUGUGUGGAGAUAAUUUUCUAACCAAAGCAUGUUUUAAGGAGAUCGUGGAAAGCAUAAGAGCUUUGGAAUGACGCAGCAAAAAAUAACGUCGCCAUCUUGGCAAGUUCUGUCGAAAGACUUAUGUCUGGGAGGAGGAAUAGAUCUGUUUUCAUAUUGUGGGUGAGUCUCCUCAGAGGGACUAAUGAAGGCGACAGAUUUGGGAGACUAAUGAUGGAAAGAGUGCUUUUAUUUAUGAAAGACUCUCCUCCCUGGAAGAGAGGGGAGUGGUUGUGGGCGGGAGCCCGAGCACUGCCCCUAGCAGGGGGCGGUUGCCCCCUGCCUCCACCUCACCUGUCUGGCGCCCACGCCCCCUCUGCAGGCAUCCAACCAGGUGCCUCGGAGGGGGCGUGUUCAGCAGCCUUAUGCUGCGGUGCCAGCCUCUCCCUGGCCUCAUUCUUUGCCGUCGUCUCGUCACGAGUCACCCACCCUCCACUCCCUUAGAGUUAGGGCUUAGGUCAUUGGCCUUGCUAUGGACCUUAGGUUGGUCGCCCUGGUUGUCCAGGGGGGCCUGGUAGGAGUUUUUCCAUUUGGCAUUAGGCUUUUUGGUUUUUUCGCCUACCUCGUAGCAAUCGUCACAACUUUUGUGGUAUUGGUGGGUAGGUUAGGCAUUGGAAUAAUGUGUUGUGGUUUGUCGAAGGGCUAGGUGUGGCCAUCGCCUAUGCCUUCAAUUUUUUGGGUAUUCCGUUAAAGGAAUCUGGCGGUCGUGUGUUCUGUCCGAUGCCUGCUUGGCGGGAGGCCAUGGCACGACCCUCGGUGACAUCAGGGGGGAGCCUAUAGUUGGAUUAGCAUCAACAGGCUCCACCUACUGGUGAAUAAACCCACGUGUUUUAGAGAUCCAAUGCCUAAGCCAAUACCUUUUCACUGCUGUAAUCAAGAAAGUUGUGGCCUUUCCAUGCCCAUUAACCUUAUAUCACGUGUCCUUGUGUAUUCAUUUCACAUCGCGGGGGUCGGGUCCUCGAACCACAAAGUGAUGAUAUAUGGAAACCAUCUCGACAUGAUGAUUGGACGAACGGAAAAUUCACACAGGAUUAUAACUGGUGUUUACCUGCUUAAGGAGAUUAUCAGAAGACAUCAUAAAGUAAAAAAAGAAAAAUAUACAAACAAGAUGAGAUGUGGGAACAGCAAGAUAGGACUGGAUAGAAUUAUGAACAUUAUUUGGACAGAUUUGUGGAUAUCAACGCAGCAGCAAGAAGAUGAUUGGAAUCCCCUUCGGAACUUGAAAUAUGGGUCCCCACAACAAAAAAUUUAAAAUUUGGCUUUUUAAUUCGGAAUUUAUGUGAUGUGAUUUGAUUUGAUUGGUUGGUUAAUAAAAAUUAUUUUUUAAAAAAUGAAUACUCUCCCCACACUCACAAUCAUCUUCAAGAGGAGAAAACCGUUUUUUUGUUGGAACUAUAAAAGCAGAUUUGUUUAAAAAGUCCUCUAUUUUAGAUUGUUUGGGAACCGGUGAGAGAGCUACAUCCUCUGGGUCCCUGUGGCGUUUACCAGCAGGCAUAGCGUCACCAUGGGGAGUAAACAAGGAGAAGUUUCACCAACCAACAAAGAGAGAAAAAAUAGAAAGUGCUCAGUUUGUUCAAUUUAAGAGCUUCUCUGUGUGGAGACUGCCCGGAGUUUCAGGAACAAAGUAUAGAAGGGAGUUGGCGGUUAAUAGAUAGCAGCUGGCGGCCUGCCCAGGAUGCUUCACAGAACUUGCCCAAGAUGUUUCUCAUAGCAUAGACAAGAAGGUGCUGUUAGAAUCUCAGUAAGUUGGUAAGUUAAAAAGUAGAGAAGUAAAAAGGAAAAAUUACUUCCCUGGGUGGCAGUCAAUGCUAAUUACAGUCCUGUUAUCUGCGGAGCUCCGAAGCCUGCUUGCUAAGCCGUCGCCAUCUUGGACCGCUCCGAAACCAGGUCUUUGCCCGGAAAUUUGUGGGGGACAUUCCUUGGGUGCCAGCCACAGUAGUGGGAGUCACUGGACCUCGCUCGUACCAGGUGGCACUCGAAGACGGACGCUUGUGGCGCCGGCACAUAGACCAGCUUAGGCACAGGGUUGGGGACUUGGACACUACCGUGGUGCCCCCAACUGCGUUCGUGGCUCCAGAACAGACACUUACAGAUGGUGAGGCUCCACCUACACCUCUCUCGCAAACUGCCGGCAUGGAGCCGAACCAAGCCACUUCAGAGGGUCUGCCAGACUUACCACAGACUCAGACCACUGCCGUGCCUGACAUUCUGCCAACUCCACUUGCGGAGGUUCCACCCACAGCAGCAGAUCCAGGGGACUUGGUUUCAAUGCCACCUAGGGUCGCACCACAGCCUCAGCAAGAAUUGGGUGGCCCCCCGGACUUGGCUACCAGUCCCCGGCGGUCUGGCAGAGUUUCCAAGCGCCCAACUUAUUUAAAGGACUAUGUUGUUGGACAUGUAUCACUGUUGGUCUAAGUAUGUGAAAUGUAACCGAUAUGGUUUUGUGCCUAAUUGAACCAUUACAUGUAGUGCUGUAUAUAAGGAAACCGUUACGAUUGUGACUAACGCCUUAUCUCAGUGGGGAGGGGUGUUAUGUACUGAGGUUCUCACCCUGGGCCAGCAGGGGGAUACUGUAGAUAGUUAUGCAAAUGAAGGAUCGAAAGUGACGUUCAGUGAUUGGAUAGUUUGUAUGCAAAUGAAGGAUCAAAAGUGAUGUUCAGUGAUUGGAUAGUUUUAGAAAGUUGCUACAGUUACGUUGUUCUGGAGCUCUAUAUAAGCAGGCUGACUGAGCUCUUCAGUUCAGUUCUGUUCUGGCCUCGGAAUAAACAAGAGCUGUUUGAAGAAUUGCUGUGUCGUCUGAUAUGUUCACCCACAACUUAACAGAGAUGCUUCAGGAAAACACAAAUGUGUAACAACAGUUGCUUGCCCUGAUGCUGUCCUCAAAUUGGUUUUCCUUGCAGUGUAGCAAACACCGCUCUUGUCCUGCUCUUCCAAAUUCUUUUGCUUCAUCACCAAGUUCAUGAGGAUUUUCCUUUCAUCCCACUGCAGGCCCAUGAGGCUGUUGUUCCUUUCUCUAUUUUACAGAUGAGAAAACAGCACUAGGGAGUCUCAUCAAUCCUUCCUGGCUAUGACGACACCCUCACCAAAUACUAUACUAAUAUUUCUAGAAUUAAGAGGCUGCAGUGGUCUUCCUAUGAACUCAUUCCAAUUUGAAUGCAAGCAGUUGUAAUCUGGAAAGAGAAAAUAUUGUUGCUAAUAUUAGUAUUUUGUCCAGGUGCAUGUUUAUUUUUAUUGCUAUUUUCCUCCAAAUGUUCAAAAUCCUUAAAAAAUGAAAUUACCCUUCAAGAGCAUAAUGGCGCUUUAUGCUUUUGCAGUGUUUUAAGCCAGACUCAAUUUUCAUUUGUUUGUUGUGGGAAAAUAUGUUUAUCCUUCCCCACAAACUUCCUUUCUCCUGAUGUGUAAAAUAGACUGGGAAAGCAUCAAUACUAUGGCUUAGGAAAUUCAGUUUUCAAAGUUCUGUACAUGCAUACCUAGUCACUCAUCCUUGGGGAGGAGGUUGUGGGCCGUGAUGGAGCCCAAAAAAGCCCUCUUGGUUUGACUUACUUUCUCUCUUCUGUCUUCCAGACAUAAAGCCAGCCAAUGUGUUCAUAACAGCCUCUGGAGUUGUGAAACUUGGAGAUCUUGGACUGGGCCGCUUCUUUAGCUCUAAAACUACUGCCGCACAUCUUAAGCAGAUUGAUUUAUUGCUCAGAUAAGCCUGACGUCCGGCACGCUUCCGCUGCGCAGCUCUUGCUGGCCAGGCCUCUGCAUUCCAAAGACCACAUUCCGAUGCUCUGAGCAAAGCAGAGAUCAGCAGCGGUAAGAGAAAGACUGCAAAAAACUCCAGAGCAUUCUUCAGUGUGCUUAAAUAAAGUCCACUCAGGAUCUUAGCAGCUAAAAGCAGUUUUAUUUACAGCAGACUAUCCAUUAUCUAUCACAGCGAACAGCAUCGUGAAAACACGUCCUCUCUCCUCAAAAGCGAAAGUAGAGAGAAAACAAAGGCUUGAGGCUCUCGGAAAUGACGAACCUCCCCUCUCCCAACAGUAGGCAGGGCGUACACUCUGAGCUGUUUAACCCUGUAAGCUCAGGUUCUCCUCACAGCACAUUCCUUAGGUUAACAUCCCUCAUGAAAUUGCGCCUGAGUGACAGUUACCCAAUUCACCUGACUCAGUCAGAAAUUUCUUGGUCACAUGGUAGUUGCUGUUUUUUUACCUAUUAGUGAUGAAAUUAUAUAUUUUAUGAUCACCAGCUAAGAUGUGCAAUAUGCUAUUCUGCAACAUUGCCCCUGUCAGCCAAUAUUUAUUACCUUCUACUUUGAGUGCCUUGCUUUUUGUUUUGUUGGAGAUCUGAAACACCAUUUAGAAGGUAAAUGCAUAAUUUGCUAUGAAGGCUCAAAAAGGAAAAAAAAUCUCUUCUUAUUCCUGAAUUGUGGAAUGGUUGCUGGUGUAAUUGCUAUUGUUCUUCACAAAGGAAUUCUGAAAUCACAGGCGGACCUCUGACUAUCUGGUGUGAUGCAAGUAAUAUAGCAGCCACCUUCAGACACACCAUGGAAAGGACUAUUUACUGUGGCCAAGCAGUAGGUUAGAUCCUAACAACUUUCUGUGGCCUCUGAUGGCUCUUCCUUUGUUUACAUGACAUUCUUCUACAGUUUAAGAUCAAAAUGGUUAAAGGAGUCUGUAGUGGUUCUAGGGGUUGCUCGUGCAUAAGCCGGUGCAAACACCUGGCUGGAUUGCCUGAGUGAACCUUUUCUAUCCGGACAGCCACUCACCCGUGCCUGUCUCAAUCGCUGGCAGAAUCCGUCAGUGGGCGUUUCUUAAACUUCUUCCAGCAAAGAAGCUUUUUGACGCCUAGUCUCCUCCUACUCUCUCUGCGCGAAAGCCUUCUGCGCAAGGAGGGCGUAGGCAGCGGAGGACCCCUACUCUCCCCGCUGGUCCCCAGCAAGGAGUCAUGGGACCGCCUCGCCGCUUCCCCCAUCUGCCCCCCUUCUCCACUGGUGCUACACUGAUUCUCUUCCCCAGAAGAUGGGCUGCCUCUCCCAAUCCCGGGACGCUCUCCGGAAUCCCUCUGGAUUUUGCUCUCUCCCUCCGGCACUGAUGGCAGUUCCCUGACAGAGUCUGAGCAAGUCUUCUGCAUGCGCUAGGCAUGCUUAUAGACUAUAAGGAAAAACAGGUUAUGAAUCUUCUUUCAGAUAGUGGCGAGGAGAUGCAAUUCAGAAAUUGGACUGCUUCAUAUAAAGUUUUUUGUGCAUUAUUCAUAAAGCCACAGAUACCUAUUUGGUUCAUACUGUAUAACUUUAGAAGACUUAAUUUAUUGGCUAUCAAGGAUUUGCUGUUUUCAGUUACCUGCUUCCACUUAUCCUGUGGGAAAAUGCUCUCUGAAUGAUCCCAUCCUUGUGUCACUUGCUCCCAGUGCAAACUCACCUGGCAUAAAAGGGCAUUAGGCAGUACCACAACUUGUCUGACAGGUGUACUCCUGGCUCUGGCAGCACAGACGCCUCCAUGUCAGAAAUGUAAGCCAUAAUUAGAGCAAGGAACAGAAUGAACGUCAAAUGAAUUACCCAGCAGCAGAUCAUAUUUGUCAGGAAGGAUUGCAUACAUAAAAAUUAAGUGACAGUACAUGUUGAGUCCUUAAUGCUAGUAAACCCCAAACCUUAUUCAAACGUGGGAAGGGAACGUGUCGGUCUCACUGGAAAAAAUGUGACAUUGGCUCAUUGCAAGCAGUUAGAAAACCCUUAGCAAAGUCUAGACAGUGUUCUACAGAUGCUCCCCCUUUGACCAUCUGCCUUUUGCUGUUGGAAGGUGAGACGUUCUCCUUCAUAUGUCAGGAUUGCCCAGUUCAGCUGUAGUUCAGUGGAAUGCACUUAACAGUUUGCUGGGAGAUACUUGACUUGCAAAUUCUUCCAGGAAAUAAUUGUGGGAUAUGGGGACCAUGUAAUACAGUGACCAGCUAUAGAAGCUUUCCAAACUAAGGAUUUCAUACAUUUGGUUGCCUACUCUCCUCACAGCCUGUGUUUAUUCUGUACCAGGAACAUUUAAUUACUAUACAUUCAGACUUGCACAGGUGGGCACCUGGAUUUUCAUGGGAUGCUGUUGGAAUAGCUUACGAGUAACUAUGUUAACAUUGCAACCCAGUGUUGAAAUAUACAAUGACUUGUCACUCUUAUGAAAUUACUAUAUGGGGCACAGACCACAACUGCAUUUUUUAAAGAGUCUUUUUUCAAUAAUGGCAUUCUUUCUUUGUUUUGAGGAAACCUGAUGUAUGGCCUUAUUUCCCAAAUGGCAGAAACUGCUCUCAUGCCACAGAUACCUUACAGGGUUUGGUCUUGUGUAUUUACUCUCUUAGAGGACAACUUUUGUAUUGGUAGCGUAGAAAACUGCAGAGAUGUGGGAUUGGGGAAAUGAUGUGUGGUAAAGAGAAUCUUGGUAACACAACAUAGACUAAGGGCCUCCCUAGUCCAGCAUUUUGCUCUCCUGGCAGUCAACCAAAUGUCCGUGGGAAGCCUGCAAGCAGGAUCUAAUGGUCGUAGCACAUGCCCAUUCGUGUUCCCCAGCAGCUGGUAUUCAGACUGUCUGAUACUGGAAGUAAUAUGCAGCCAUUGAUAACCGAUGGGCAGCAGAUUCAAGAUGGAAUCUGUACAGUAUUAUUAACCAGUGGGCGGGCCUGGACAGCAUCAUCACAGACUGCUUGUGGACUUCCUAGAAGCACCUGGCUAGUCAGUGCUGGAAGCAAGACCCUGGACUGGGCACACACACAUUGAUCUGAUCCAGACUUAUGCCCCUUAGGUUUUGUUUCUAUUUCUGUCCAAAGAGAACAUCAAGGUGUAAACAUCCUGUUGCUCCUCAUGCCAGACCAGCUUUGUACUGUGGACGGGGCCCUAGCUAGAAUAGAAAGACUGAAGGUGCCUCUUUGUCGGUGCAUGAACCCACAUGUGUGA